UCCCGGAUGUUGCUCGCACCGGAAGAGAAGGGGUAGGUCUCCCAGCCAUCUUGUGGCAGCAUCCAGCGAAUUGUUCGCAUCAAGCCUCGUAGAAUCGGAGGUGAAUCCCGUUGAAGGGGCGCCAUCAUGCCCGGACACCUGCAAGAAGGCUUCGGCUGCGUCGUAACCAACCGGUUCGACCAGCUAUUUGGCGACGAAUCCGACCCGUUCGAGAUCCUGAAAGCCGCUGAAAACAAGAAGAAGGAGGGGGCCGCCGCUGGCUCCACCAAGACCGCAGCUCAAGCCGCCAAGCAGCCGAAGAAAGAGUCACAGAAGGACAGAAAGAACCCGCUGCUGGACAAGAAGGAGGAGUCCCAGGCUCCGGUCCCGCUGAAGAAAGAAGGUAUCAGGCGGGUGGGUCGAAGGCCAGACCAGCAGGGUCAGCCUGGGUCCCAGCAUCAGGGCGGGCAGGGUGAGGGGCGGCCUGGAGACAGGAGGCCGGACCGGAGACCCCCUCGCGAGCGCCGCUUUGACAAGCCCACCGAGGACAAGCCCGAGGGAGGUGGAGAGUUCUCUGCAGACAAGCCUUCUGGAGACAGGCCCCCCAGAGGGCGUGGUGGCGGCCGGGGUGGGCGUGGUGGAAGGGGGCGGGGCAGCUUCGGGAGACGAGAAUUUGACAGACACAGCAGCAAUGACAAAUCCUCUGUUACAGCUGGGGAGAAGCGUGGUGGCAGUGGCUCACAUAACUGGGGCAGUGUGAAGGAUGAAGUGUGUGAGGCUGAACAGACUGCUGCUCCCGAGGCGACCCCAGAGGGAGAGGAACACCCACCUGCUGACUCUGAGAACAAGGAGAAUGAGGUUGAAGAAGUAAAGGAAGAGGGCCCCAAAGAGAUGACCUUGGAUGAGUGGAAGGCCAUGCAGGACAAGGAGCGCGCCAAGGUGGAGUUCAACAUUCGUAAGCCUAACGAGGGGGCCGACAGCCAGUGGAAGAAAGGAUACGUGCUGCACAAGUCCAAGAGUGAAGACAGGCCUGUUGGUGCUUUGAUUGAUGGCGCAGACACGGAAGCAGAGUCGCACUCGAUGUACCACAAGGGUAACGCUGACGAUGCCGGAGAUCACCACUUCCGCAAACCAGCUAACGACAUCACAUCUCAGCUGGAGAUCAACUUUGGAGACCUGGGCCGCCCUGGGCGCGGGCGUGGGGGCGCUCGCGGAGGCAGGGGAGGACGCGGGGGAGGCAGCAGGCCGGGACGUGGGGGAGGACGGUCCGAAAAGGCGGGUGGAGUGUCAGUCCCCAACGUGGACGACCCUGAGGCCUUCCCGGCUCUGGCCUGAGGCUCCUUUCCACCACCAGCCCACCCAUCAGCCCUUCCGGGCCCCUCCUCUACGAGGCUUGCAUGCUUACCACAUCUUCAAGUAUAUAAGAAAACAGAGAAAAAAAAAAAAGAUUUUAAAGACGAAAAAGACUGUCAUCCCAUACCACUCACACCACCAGAGGACUGAAAUUUUACCUGUUUUAAAGGAGAACAAAAGACAAAAAAAGGCGGGAAAAAGGACCUCUUGUUACACUGAAGCAAAUUAUUGGUAGAAGUUUUGUAUUUAGGGACAUGAAAGCAGGGAUGUUUUCAUACAGUGUUUUCUUUUUUUCAGAGAUUAUGCAUACUUCAUUGAUAUUUUUUGUGCUGCUUGAAUAUAUGCAUUUCUGCGGUUAGGUUGAAGUGUGCGCAUCUCUUCUCCCCUCAAAGCUUUUGUGCUCACUCUCCCCAUACGACUUCAGCUCAGUAUUAUGGGGGUCAUCUUACACAAGACUUUAUAUGGGGUAUUUUUUUUUUUUCCUCCCAGUAAUACACACUGAUGUGGUAGAGCUACACUACAGUUAGGAAACUUGUACUAGAUAUCUGAAGUAUGGUUUAACAUGCAUCUAAAGUGUAAUUACUCUUCUCCUGACUAUCCAUCCUCUGCAAGGCACAAAUUCAGGGUGGAUAACCAGGCAAAGUGACUUCCUACUAAAGCUUGGUAUUUUUCUGCUUGUUGUGCAGUGAAAGUAAAUGCCUCUUUCCUUUUUUUUUUUUUUUUUUAUUAUUUUUUUUUAUUAUUUGGAUAGCUUGCCUCUUUUUGGUGGACCAGUGGUUAGUAAUGCUUUGUAUCCCCUGAUUCGGAUGUGCUACCUGUGUGUUCAGGGUGUCCCAGGGCCUAAUAUAUAUCUUUAGGCUGGUCCUCUUAGGUCAUACAGACUCUACUACUAGUAACUUCAGGACCACUAAGCAAAUGUUGUAUUUUUUUUUUUUUUUUUUGUUAAGGAUAUGUGUGUGCGUGUGUGUGUGUGUAUGUAUGUGUGUGUGUGUGUGCGUGCGUGCAUGCGACAAAGUGUGAGAGGUCGAGUGUGUGACUCGGACAGGUAGCUACUUGGCUUUCAAGUAUUCCUCUGCUGUGAACUUGCCAUCCUCUCAAAUAGUAGACUGCAGGUUCAUGGCUGACGUAGUUCAUAUUGUAUUUUGAGAAGUGAUUGUUUCAAUCUAGGUGAGACUGAUAGGUAGACCAUGGACAUAUCUUGCACUUAGAGUAUUGGUAAUGUCUUUUAGAUCUCAGAAGCACUUGGUUUUUAUCAUCACCAGUACUCUAAAUAUUGUUUUUUUUUUUCUUUGUUUUGUUUUCCCUGUUGUAAUCAUAUUUGCUGUUGUUAUUAUUUUUUUAUUAUUUUAUUUUAUUUUAUCAGUACAGCAGCACCACUGCAUAAUUUGUCUGAAAGAAAUGUUGCCGGUCAUCGUGGAACAAUCAAGCGCUACAGAAUGUAAUGUAAGCUAAUGGUGCUUUGAGCCACUCGUGUCUGCAUUUCCAGCAAGCAUUUUAUUUUAAUGAAGUGUAUUUCUCAUCGGGGAGGGGAGGUGAGGGAGGGAUCUCGGGGAGCAAGUGAAUCGAAAGCUUUAUAACGCUGCGCUCUUGGAGAGAGACUUGCUGGUGAUGCACCGAUGCAGUGGGCUGGAGCAGUUUUCUUGUAGGACUGCUUGAGCCACAUGACGGUGAAACUUCUCUGCAAACAUCCCUGUUCUAAUAAAUUGCUUUAGAGGUGUUACAUGUAUUCUGCCCACGGCUGUUGGGUUGUGUGAAAAUCAAUACUGUGAUUUUAAAAGGUGUAAACAAA